UUUAUUUGUUUUGUAUAUAAUAUUAUACGGCGGAGCACUAGGCGCGCACUUCCGCGGUCCCGCAAGCCGCGCCUCCGCCGGCGUAAGUUCCGCUCCCGUGGUGCAUCGCGCCGGAAUCAUGGACCAGGCUGACGGCGACUUGCAGGGCACGGAGGCCUCCGGAGGUCUGGGGGGGAUCGACGUCCGCAGACGGAUCCCCAUCAAGCUGCUGUCCAAGCAGACCAUUCGCACGAAGCCCGCUGCCGCCCGGACUCUGCGGCCCACCGGGAGGCCACCGGCCAAGGGCGACGAGGAAAGGUCGGGGGACCCCUUUGGUAGCCAGGCAAAGUUUCCCCAGCACAUGUUCUGGGACCAUAAGGUGAAUUUGAUUGGUGAGAAGGACGACAUCCCCGUUCACUUCUGUGAUAAAUGCGGCCUGCCCAUACGCAUUUACGGACGCAUGAUUCCCUGCAAACACGUGUUCUGCUAUGACUGUGCUGUGCUCCACGAGAAGAAGUCUGACAAGAUGUGUCCGGGUGUGUCCCUGUACAGCUGCACAGACCCGGUCCAGCGCAUCGAGCAGUGCCUGCGCGGCUCCCUCUUCAUGUGCAGCAUCGUGCAGGGCUGCAAGCGCACCUACCUGUCGCAGCGCGACCUGCAGGCGCACAUCAACCACCGGCACGUGCGGGCAGCCAAGCCGGCGGGGGGCCGUGCCGGCCUGGGAGGGGGCGAGCCGCUGCACUCUGCCCCCGAGCUGAGCGAGCGCUUCAUGCUGCCCCCGCCGCCGCCACACCUGGCCAAGCCACACCUACUGAUGGCACUGCAGCACCCCGGCCGCGACGCCUAUGGCCAGCCUCCAGGGCACGAUGAUGUCCGGCCUGUUCAGGCCCCCUCCCCCGCUGCGCCUGACCUACACCCGCCACGCUCCCUGGCUCAGGAGACGUUCCGCAUCACAACGGUGACCACGCGCAAGCACAGCAACCUCAUCACUGUCCCCAUCCAGGACGACUCUGGCGGUAGCUCCUCUUCCCGGGACCCCCUUCCUCACCCUGGCCCCCCCUCCACUCCGCUGGCCCCGCCCCCUCAUCACCACCCUGGUGACUACCCUGGGCAGCAAGUUGUGCCCCACCCCCGGCCUAUGAUGCCCCCGCAGCAGCAUUAUGGGCCGCCCCCUCCCCCGCCACCGAUUAGCCACCCCAUGCAGCACCCCCCCCAGGGGUCAGGGACGGCCCACAUGGUGUAUGGCCAAGCCCCACCUCCGCCCAUGUCAUCAGGCCCGCCCCCCCUCACCCCACCACCUGGACACAUCAUCGGUUCGAUGCCACCCUACAUGAAUGCCCCACCCCCAGGGCCUCCUCCCCAGCAUGGGGGCCCCCGAAUAAAUGUGCCUCCCCCCCUCCACUACAACCCCGGUUCCAUGCAGCAGUUCCCUGACGAGCCGGGCACACUGAGCCCCCCCUUCAGCCAGCCCGGCAGGCUCAGUCCCGGCAUGUGGCCAGCCCCCCGCGGGCCCCCACCCCCACGGAUGCAGGGCCCCCCGCCUCAGGGCCAGAUGCCUGGACCCCACCAUCCGGAUCAGUCUCGGUAUCGGCCAUACUACCAGUAAAACCAGGAGGAUGCUGUCUGGUGUCAGGCAUGGAGAGAUCCAUGGUUAGACUAAACCCUAACCGGGAUAACCAGCUACACCCAGCUAAACCCUAACCGGGAUAACCAGCUACACCCAGCGGCAGCGCGUGGGUUCAGGCGUGACUGACGGAGCUCAACCAGCUCUGCUUGUGUAGACUUGUAAAACCCUAAAAAUGAGGAGGGUGUUAUUUUUGUAAUGUGUGAAAAUGAUUGUUCUGUCCACAGGUAGCUUAUUUUCCGUGAAGAUCUGCAUCUAGAAUUGGGUUUUCAGUGCAUCCUGACUUUGGGAUAGGACUGCUUUCGAAUCAGUUUUGUAUUUCUGAAAAUAAAUUUUUCAAACUGUUU